UCUCCUAUAAAUACCCCCUCUCCCCUUCAUUUCUACUCACCCCAUUCUUGUGUUAACAAGGAUUUCUCUUCUCAAUCUCACAAUUUCUCUCAUCUCUAUCUCCAUUCUCUCUAAUUGUUCAAGUUGUUUACUAUAUUUGUGCAAAUUGUUCUUAUAAUUUACUUCAAUUGUCUAUCAUAAUCAUCCGGUCAUCCCUCACUACUCUUGUUAUACUCUCUCUUUAUUUUUCAAUUUGCAAAAAAUGUCUUCAUCUCGUCGUGGUGGUGAUCGGGGCAAGGGAAUUGCCCAAGACCAAGAUCAAAGUGGUCGUCGGAAAUCAAGGCGCCCUAGUCGUCGUGAGGUUAUGGAUGAGGUUUCCCAACAAACCGCUAUGCGUUUGCAAGCCGAAGAAUAUCAUAGGGCUGCCAUGGUACUUAGCAACAUGAGCGGCGCCGAAGGUUACGAGUCUUAUCACUCUUAUGGUAACGUGAAUUUAUCAUCCGACGACGACGGUGGUAAUGGUGGAGGAUCUGCACAAUAUCCUCCGACGAGCGCCGGACAAGUUGGUGAAAAUGAUGAAGCGGUUCCUCCUCCUGAAACUCAAACCGAGCGGGGUAAGGCUAAUAAGAAGGCCUUGAAAUCGGAUACUUUUGUUAAACAUUAUAAAAAAGUCCCGGUACUAGAUGGAACCACUCAAAAAGAGACCAAUGAAUUUGUCGCAUAUUGUAACUAUUGCGAUAAAUCCUACCCCUUUUUUGCCGGUGGGGGCUAUGGUACUCUCCAUCGUCAUUUAAAGGCAAAGCAUCCGAUCGAAUAUGGGACCGCCAAAUCCCAAACCCAACUAAACUUCCCGUCCGGUGCGUCUGAAACAACAGAUGAAGGUCCCGUUCCCAACCAAAUCGAUGUCCUCGAUUGGUGGGGAACACAUGAGAAAGAUUUUCCCAUCUUUGCAUCAAUGGUCAAGGAGAUUUUUUCAAUUCCGGCUUCCACUGUCGCCGUCGAGUCCGCUUUUAGUGUUGGAGGCAACGUCUUGGACGAUAGAAGAAGUAGACUAUCCGGCCAAAAUAUGGAAGCCACCAUGUUACUUGACGAUUGGUGUUCGGCUGACAUUAGAGAUCAAGAGCUAGAUUGGAACACCCAAGUACAAACCGCCCAAGACUACUACCCCGACGAAGAAGAAGAAGAACAAUGA